AUGUACUUCCCAACAGGAUUGGCUGGGGCACCCUCUGCGUCGGUCACUGGCGGCGGUGCCUACUACUUUGCCAAACAGUCCAUUAACGCCGACCGACAAACCCGUUUUGAGAAUGAAAUGAAGCGCAAGGCCGAGAACAGGGCCAUGGAAGAUGAGCACCGGCGACAGGCCGCUCUGGCCGCACCAAAGCCAACCCCGACUCCGAGUGACGACCCCAGCUUGAAGCGCGCGAAUAUGGCUCGAUUCCAGAAUGCUGCCGACGAUGUCGCCUCACCCAGUGCUGAAGCUUCGCACGACCCAGCUGCAACUAGACACGAACCUAUGAAUGACAAUGAGCGUGUAUUGGAGAAGGGGAAAUAUGAGGCGACAGCACCGUUCCGUCCACCUCGUGGCAACCGAUUCAGUUAA